UCUUUCCGCCUUCUUGUCCGAGCAAGUGGCAUGCUCGUCGGGAUUUACUUUAACAGCGCAAGAGUCCCUGCAACGGCGAUGCCAGUGGUUGUGUUGUGACUGCGCAUGCCUUCCUCGGAGGCAUUGUGCGAGUGAUACUGAGGCUUGGAGACCCGAUCAUCACGUGGGGUUCAAUGUCCACGAGAACGUCCAUGCCAGGUGGUGCUUCCGAGUCGCGUCGUGCGGUAACAGUACUCGAGUAACAUGUGCUAACGAAGAACCGCCUGCUGAACGACAACGCGCGCGCGUUUACUGAUUAGUGAUGUUAGUUACACUACGAGUAUUGCGUCUCAGAACAUUUUUUUGUCAACCGUAGAUGGAUAAUCCCGCAUUUCGAUUCGUAACAAGUUAACUUUCAGUGAAAUUAUCUUCACCUCUCCAUGCUCGAUGCAGCUUGGAGCUUUCGAUGGAGGGGGCAUGUAAAAUUUUGUGCCAUUAACUGCACUGGUACUGCUGUUGUGAUUGAACGCUCGUCAGGACGGGGUCGAACGCCUUCGGCGCUCCUCAUCGAAGUGAUAAUUGGUACUGGUUACCGGCGUGCUCUUGAAGCGUCGCUGCGGAUAUUGCCAACGCUCUGUUUGUUUUUUCAUCAGUGCCCGCAGCGCACGUGAAGUCGCCCUACAGGAUUUGCGGGAUGAAAGGCUACGCCUCGGGGUGAAUAACCUCGGAAGCUUCAGCUAUACGCAAGCGAACACAGCGCGGGUGCAUUCGGUGAUGUUCGCUGGGCGAUUAGAAGCUCGUGGACUUGUCUCGACACCGAAGCGCGCAAAUAAGGCCCGGUGUGUCUGGUGCCUCGGUGCGGCUGAUCCAUCGUGAUCGAAGACAGUCCUUGCUUGUGUUUGUGAGCAGACAUUACGGCUGUGCGCAAUGACUUUCAUCUGGCGAGCGUUGUUGACCACGGCGUGGAUUACGAAUCUUUUGAUAAGUCAAGGCGUGUCGUCGUCUGCCCAGCACGGCGGCAAUCGGCGUCAGAAGCGGUUUGCAGCAUGCACACCGGCGGCCAGCGAAGUUCCGCAGGAGUUGUACUCGUUCGCGUCGUGGAUUUACACCGACCCGCACUCGGUGUUCAGCGUGUACGCAAAGUACGACGACCGCCAGCUGAAAAACGUCGCCGUCGACGAUUCCCUUCUCAUCGUCAAGGAACGUCUGCCCAAGAACGGCACUGAACGCGUUUUGCUCAAGACCUCCAAGCUGCGGCCCAACGAGUCGGUGUUGGUGCAGUCAUCCAGCAGCGUCGUCUACGUGACCAGCCCUAACCUUAUGACCGUCACCUACAUCACCUGCUUGGGAGUAGCGCCGCAUGACAGGAAAGUGGGAGCCUGCCACUACGAGGACAACGAGCUCUCGGGCGUCAUCAAGAGUCCAAUGCAUCCCAGCAUUUACCCUCUCGAGGCCUACUGCGAAGUCAAGGUGGCCGUCCCUUACGGAAACGUGAUCAAGUUCCGACUGGAGGACGUCGACCUCUGUCCACGUGCCAACAACACCAUCACGUUCAUCGACGGAGAGGGCUUGGGCGGGCGACACCUGGCAGUGCUAACGCCAAGCGGCACCGGUGAAGGCGGCGGCGUGAACGACACGAUCUUGACGCCUGGCAGGAAAGCCACCGUGGUAUUUCGGGCCAGCUGCGGGCGGGACGUCGAGCGACGGGGCUUCCACAUCACCUACGAGGCCCAACCGUCGGAGGCCGCCGAAAGCGACGGCGGCAGCUCCGCCUCGGACCGGAUAGCGGGCCUUGACCAAGGUGCGUGCGGCAAGCCCCUGCUGUCAAUGCCUGGCGACGCCGUCAACGACCAAGGUUCUAAAAUAGUUAGGGGAAGUGACGCCAAAGUCGGAGCGCACCCGUGGCAGAUUCUGCUGAAGCACGCCAAGACCGACGACGCCUUCUGCGGCGGUAGCCUUAUCAGUCACCGAUGGGUGCUGACGGCGGCGCACUGCUUCAAGCAGUACAGCCGCCACGACGUGCUCGUCGUGCUUGGCAAGCACAGCCUCGUCUACCGCGAGGACCACGAGAUCGUACUCUCCAUCAGGAGGCUGUUGGUUCAUCCGGAGUUCGACAACCGUACGCUGGACAACGACAUUGCCCUGAUCGAACUGCGAGCAGCCAUCCAGUACAGCUCCCGUCUGAGUCCCAUCUGCCUGGGCGACUCGCAGUUCAUCGAACAGAUGGUGUUUCAUGCUGCUAAGCCCGUGCUGGGUUUCGCCAGCGGCUGGGGUCGUGUGAACAUCAAGGGGCCGCGACCGGAAAAGCUUCAGGAAGUGCGACUACCCGUUUUGAGCAAGCAGGUCUGCCUGGAGUCGUCCCCUGCCGCGAUCCGAAAGAAGAUCACGGACAACAUGUUCUGCGCCGGUUACGACGACCAGCCUGUGGUGAUGGACACAUGCGAAGGCGACAGCGGGGGCCCCUUCGUGGCGGAGCUGCAGGGCGUCUGGUACCUCGUGGGAAUCGUCAGCUGGUCCCACCAGGGCAAGUGCGGUGUCCCCGGCCGGUAUGGUUUCUACACCAAGGUCAACAACUACAACGCCUGGAUCGUAGACUCCGUCAAGUCCUCAAGUACCGGUGGCGCAACCUGAACUCUUCGGCGCUUCUUGAAGUGCGCUGAUGUGGACAUGGAAGUGGACGUGGAAGUGCGCGGGGGGGGGGGGGGGGAGGGUAGGGUGCAGAGGAACCAUGCCAUCCCCACUGCCAUCCUGCUGGCAUGCUUGGGGAGUGGAGGCAAACUGGAUGCACAGAUAUUACUUCAAUGUCCCGUGAGUGCCUCUGAUAGCUGUUUUCGCCUUUUGUUGGCUAGAGCACUGCGGCUGGCCUAUACCAGCUAUCCUUCGAUCGUUCAGCAUUGGGCAAGAGAACGCAAGCUCCCGUUUUAUAUAAGCGAGGACGGCAUGGUGAAAGCGUUCAAACCUUUCUUUAGAUUAUUCGUGCCGGUUAGCAUCCCGAGUGGUUAAAGUUGUUUACAGCUUUGAAGCACAAUGCAAGAGUUUUAUGGAGGUUGUUAUCGGUUUGUAGAAAGAUGUAAAUUUGUCAGUGCCUGUGUUCUAAUGAAAGUUCUGAAACUAAACCUGACUAAAACUAAACUACGUAGCGCAUUAAAAUGUAGAAGUCUAGUAAGCGAUCACUGAAUAAAUAAUAGAUGUCUUUAUCUAUUGGGGCGUUACGUUUCUCGUCGAAUGCCAUCGGAAAAUCCUAGGAUGGAGAGCCCGCGCGAUAGAAAGGGCAGAGGGGGUAGGGGGGGGACGACGCUGAGUUAUGUAUUUCGAUGGGGACGGAAUGUAAAAACACCCAUAAACCGUGCAUUGGGGGCACGUAAAUGAACCCCAAGCGGUCGAAAUUAAUCCAGAGUCCUCCCCUACAGUGCGCCUCAUUAUCAUGUCGCAGUUUUUGGAAUGUAAAACACCAGGAAUGAAUUAUGUCCAAGUGGU